GGGCUCAAUCUGCCAGACAAACAGAGAAAUGUCCCACUCUGAAAACAAAAGCCUGAUAUUGGGCAUCAUGGCAGGGGCUGCUGGAAUAAGUUUGGUCCUGGUUUGGUAUCAUAAGAUCCGAAAACCUGGGGCAAUUGUGAAAUUGCCUGCAUUUCUGGAUUUACACAACAAAUUUAAUUCUGUGGAUUUGCAAAAUGAAACUCGUAAUGAGCAAGGAAGACAGCUUCAGAUACUGGAAAAAUUGAAUGGCUUACUAUUGAGUGUAGAAGAACUGAAGAGAGAGGUGAAGUUGCUUAAAGAAGCUGUUCCAAAGCUGGAAGAGCUUGUUCGAGAUGAGCUGCAAGGAAAGGCUGAUGUUCGGCGGAUUAGUCCUUCACACAGAGCAACGAAAAGAAGAAGAGCAGAGACAGCAUAUAGUGCAACAGAAACCACCAGCUCUGAGGAGGCAGACAGUGAAGGAGGCUAUAUUACAGCUCACACUGAUACAGAAGGAGAAUCUGAAGAAGAAAAAGGAUUACCUGCAGCAUCUGCAAGACCAGAAAAGGAAACAGAAUUAUUUGAUCUUCUGCAGCGCAUGGACAGUUUGCAUUGUGGUUCAGAUGGUGAUAAAAAGGAGAGCUUCAGACUGUUACUUGAGAGAGAGGAAAAGUAUGGAAACCAUGUGGAGUUUCUUUGGAGAUUUGCACGAGCUUAUGGAGAUAUGUUUGAGAUGACUACAGAUGUUGAAGAAAAGAAGAAAUAUGUUGCUAGUGGAAAAAUUGUAGCUGAAAAAGCUAUUCAGCUGGAUGCCAUGAGUGCUGAGAGUCACCAGUGGUUUGCAAUCAUGUGCGGCUAUAUGUCUGAGUUUGACAGCAUACAAAACAAAAUCAAGAAUGGUGGUCUCUUUAAGGAGCAUCUAGAUAAAGCAAUUGAACUUAAGCCUCAAGAUCCUUUUUUAUAUCACCUAAAUGGAAGAUGGUGUUAUUCAGUAGCACAGUUGUCUUGGAUUGAAAAGAAAGUAGCUGCUACUCUUUUUGGGACUCCACCAACUUCAACAGUACAAGAAGCUUUGCAGAAUUUCCUUAAGGUUGAAGAAAUGCAUCCUGGAUAUUCCAAGUACAAUUAUGUGUAUUUGGCAAAGUGUUACAAAGAUCUUGGCCAUAGAAGCAAUGCACUGAAAUACUGUGAUUUUGCAUCGUCAGUGUUAUCAGUUACCAAUGAUGACAAAGAGGCCCAGAAAGAUUUAGAAGCUUUACUUCUAACGCUGCAGCUGUGAUGAAAACCACUUUAAACUCUUUUAUGCCAUAAUGCUGCUGUAGAAGAACCAUAGACACUAAUCAUUGGGGGUCUGAUCCAACAUUCAUUGAAGCUAGUGGAAAGACUGCUCUUGAUUUCAAUCCUUUUUGGAAGAAGCCCUGAAAGCGGAUGGCAAUUAGGCUCUGAAAACGAUGCAUUCUGUCUGAUUCUAGCUUUAUUUUUAAUUUUUGGAUCUACAGCUUGUUUUAAAUUACCACUGCUGGAAGUGUAGUCUCUUGGUAUGACGUUCACUGCUGGCAGUGGGCACAGGCAAGAACGCCAGAUGUGUUAACAUUCUUGGAAUGAUUAAUCAGCUAAACUGCCAUGCCAGCCCAGGGCUGUAUGGAGCAAUUACUUUGUUUCUACAUUAAAUUAUAUUUCUACCAAUUGAUUGGUAUACAUGUAUAUGAAGGCAUGUCAGAAACACAUGCAUGCUUGUUCCUCUGCCUUUACUCACAAGAAAUGUAUAAUACUGAUGAAGUUAAGGGAAAAGGGAAGGUCUUAAAAAGAGGUAUUUUUACUUCAGCCUAUUUUUAUUUUAGAUGGAAAAAUUAAAACUUUAUCAAUCAUGUUUUAAAGUUAUAUUUUAUGUUAUUUGAAAGGAAAAUAUUAAAAGCUGGACCAAUGAAAGGAAACAUUUUGAUUAAAUCUGUUAGAAUUGUGAUACAUGAGCUCCACCAGAGGAGUCCUGGUAAUUUGUCUUUGAAUAAUAGCCUGUUGCAGUAUUGUUGGUCUUGCUUUGAGAGACCCUCUCCUUUCAGCUCUGUGUGUAACAUUUGUUCAUCUUUCAUGUCCACAUUCUGGCCAAUGGGAGCAGCAAAAGGCCAUGCCUGGGAUACAUGCCUGGGAGUGGUGUGGGCCACUAAAGCAAGGAAGUGCCUCCUGCCCCCUCAUGCCCAGACCGUGACCCACCACCCUGCUUCUGCACUAUCCCCUGCCGAGACCCCACACCUCCAGCCUGCUCCUGCACCCUUCCCUCUGGCCAGACACAUAUUCCCACACCUGCUCCUGCACACUUCCUUGUGCCUGCACUGACACCCUAUCCCCAGCCCACACCUGUAUCCUCCCCUCUGGCCAGAAACCUACCUUCACCCUGUUCCUGCACCCUCCCUUGCAUCUGCACCCUCCCUCCCACUCAGACCUCGCACCCUCACCUGCUCCUAUAUGCCACCUCCCCCCCCCCAUCUUUAUUCCACUCACUGGCAGCACU